CACGACUCAACAACUUGCCCCUACUAAAGACGCGCCAUUCCGACCACACCAUCGCCAGUGUCGCCAUAUUCACGAUACAGUAUUCAUCGCACAAAACCGAAAAUUAAGCGACGCAGCCAUGGACGCCCCAGAGCCUGAUACCCCCUUCUCUGCGGUAACAGCGCAAACCACAAAGUAUGGACGGAUGUUCCAAGCAUACCUAGACAAGUCAACGCCAUACACCACAUACCGAUGGGGAGGAAGCGGAGUCCUCUUCCUGCUCUUUGGUCUGCGCAUAUUCCUCGCUCAGGGAUGGUACAUCGUUGCCUACUCUCUUGGCAUCUACCUCCUGAACCUAUUCCUCGCCUUCCUCUCUCCCAAAUUCGAUCCAGCGCUCGAACAAGAUGAAGGCAUGGAAGACGGCAACGCCUCGGGGCUUCCCACAAAAGAAGAUCAAGAAUUCCGCCCAUUUGUCCGUAGGCUGCCUGAGUUUAAGUUUUGGUACUCGACCACAAAGGCCAUUUCCAUCGGCUUCUUCUGCAGCUGGUUCGAGAUCUUCAACCUGCCCGUCUUCUGGCCCGUCUUGGUCGUUUACUGGCUGAUCCUGUUUGGCCUGACCAUGCGACGACAAAUCCAGCACAUGAUCAAAUACCGCUACGUCCCCUUCACCGUCGGAAAGGCGCGUUACUCGGGUGCUUCCAACUAAGCCAGCCCCCACCAAUCUGCAUCCGUCCACCUUUGAUUUCAUCAGAUUGUACAACUUUUGGGAAGGGGUUUCGCCCUUGGGCUGCUUGCAUCUAGGACACUGGCGCUUUUCCUUUUCAGGCGCGAUAGACUUGGGAAGCCUCGUUUUGGCAAAGACGAGAAUUGUUUUGGAAUCAGUAGUGGUGUGUUGGCUGAUACGAUAAUGGUUGGACGAUAUACGAUACUGUAUGCGUAGUCGAAUAGAUGGCGCGAUGCAGUCGCAAAUGUCAAAAACACGAUUAAUUCAAGGCAUUAGAUAUCUUUGCAUUUCAAUCUUUGGGAAA